AUGACAAUAUAUCAAUUUUUGCUACUGUUUCUACUCUGGGUAUGCCUGCCACAUUUCUGUUCUCCAGAGAUAAUGUUCAGAAGGACUUCUGUGCCCCAGAAAAGAAUUUUAGGUGCACGCGUACCUAGAAGUGAUGGCAAAAUUCUGCACCGUCAAAAGCGUGGUUGGAUGUGGAAUCAGUUUUUCUUACUGGAGGAAUAUACAGGAUCUGAUUAUCAAUACGUAGGCAAGCUUCAUUCAGACCAAGAUAAAGGAGAUGGAUCCCUCAAAUAUAUUUUAUCUGGAGAUGGAGCUGGUACUCUUUUCAUUAUUGAUGAAAAAACAGGUGACAUUCAUGCCACAAGAAGAAUUGAUAGGGAAGAAAAGGCCUUUUAUACUCUACGCGCACAAGCUAUUAACAGAAGAACUUUGAGGCCAGUAGAACCGGAGUCUGAGUUUGUGAUCAAAAUCCAUGAUAUCAAUGACAAUGAACCAACGUUCCCAGAGGAAAUUUAUACGGCGAGUGUUCCCGAAAUGUCUGUUGUAGGUACUUCUGUGGUGCAAGUCACAGCUACAGAUGCCGAUGACCCUUCCUAUGGGAACAGCGCCAGAGUCAUUUACAGCAUACUUCAAGGGCAGCCAUAUUUCUCUGUGGAACCUGAAACAGGUAUCAUCAGGACUGCUUUACCAAACAUGAACAGAGAAAACAGGGAGCAGUAUCAGGUGGUCAUCCAGGCCAAAGACAUGGGUGGCCAGAUGGGAGGCUUAUCGGGGACCACCACGGUCAACAUCACGCUGACAGACGUCAAUGACAAUCCGCCACGCUUCCCCCAGAACACCAUCCAUCUUCGAGUUCUUGAAUCCUCCCCAGUUGGCACAUCCAUUGGAAGUGUAAAAGCAACUGAUGCUGAUACUGGGAAAAAUGCUGAAGUAGAAUACCGAAUUAUUGAUGGUGAUGGGACUGAUAUGUUUGACAUCAGAACUGAGAAGGACACACAGGAAGGCAUCAUCACUGUGAAAAAGCCACUUGACUAUGAGAGCCGAAGGCUUUACACUCUGAAGGUUGAAGCAGAAAAUACCCAUGUGGACCCACGUUUUUAUUACCUAGGACCAUUUAAAGAUACGGCAAUCGUGAAAAUCUCUAUCGAAGACGUGGACGAACCACCUGUUUUCAGCAGAUCCUCCUAUCUGUUUGAGGUUCAUGAAGAUAUUGAAGUGGGUACAAUCAUUGGCACUGUGAUGGCAAGGGACCCAGAUUCUACUUCUAGCCCCAUUAGAUUUUCCUUGGAUCGCCAUACUGACCUUGACAGGAUCUUUAACAUACAUUCUGGAAAUGGAUCCCUUUAUACAUCAAAGCCACUUGACCGUGAACUAUUUCAGUGGCACAAUCUUACUGUUAUCGCUGCUGAAAUCAACAAUCCCAAAGAGAUGACUCGGGUGGCUGUUUUUGUGAGAAUUUUGGAUGUUAAUGACAAUGCCCCACAAUUUGCUGUGUUCUAUGACACUUUUGUAUGUGAAAAUGCCAGACCAGGACAGGUAAGCACCCAUAGGCUAAUACAGACUAUAAGUGCAGUAGACAAAGAUGAUCCUUUAGGUGGACAAAAAUUUUUCUUCAGUUUAGCAGCUGUCAAUCCAAACUUCACAGUACAAGACAAUGAAGAUAAUACUGCCAGAAUUUUAACCAGAAAAAAUGGAUUCAAUAGACACGACAUAAGCACCUAUCUCUUGCCUGUGGUGAUAUCGGACAACGAUUACCCGAUUCAGAGCAGCACUGGGACACUCACCAUCAGAGUGUGCGCGUGUGACAGCCAAGGCAACAUGCAGUCCUGCAGCGCUGAGGCCCUGCUCCUUCCCGCGGGUCUCAGCACGGGGGCCUUGGUCGCCAUUCUCCUCUGCAUCAUUAUUCUGCUGGUUAUAGUAGUACUGUUUGCAGCUCUGAAAAGACAGCGGAAAAAAGAGCCUCUGAUCUUGUCUAAAGAAGAUAUCAGAGACAACAUUGUGAGCUAUAACGAUGAAGGUGGCGGAGAGGAAGACACCCAGGCCUUUGAUAUCGGCACCCUGAGGAAUCCUGCAGCUAUUGAGGAAAAAAAGCUGCGGCGAGAUAUUAUUCCGGAAACUUUAUUUAUCCCACGGAGGACUCCGACAGCUCCGGAUAACACGGAUGUCCGGGAUUUCAUUAACGAAAGGCUAAAAGAGCACGACCUGGAUCCCACCGCACCGCCCUACGACUCACUUGCAACGUAUGCCUACGAAGGAAACGAUUCCAUCGCGGAAUCUCUGAGUUCUUUAGAAUCAGGUACCACUGACGGAGACCAAAACUACGAUUACCUCCGAGAAUGGGGGCCUCGGUUUAAUAAGCUGGCGGAGAUGUACGGUGGCGGGGAAAGUGACAAAGACUCUUAACCUAGGAUAUAUGUUCUGCUCAAGCAAGAGGAAGUAACUUUACCGACACCGUCUCCACUUCACAAUAUUUGAUAUUCAGGAAAAUUUUCCUGCCACUCAGCACAAUUUGUUUUCCCAUUUCCUUUUUAAUUUGUUCAUUAAUUACAUUAAUUAUUCCCUGUAGGAUGUCUCAUGGAAUAUAUACGACAUUUUAUUUAAUCACUUCCAAGAGCCAAAGCUAU